AUGCUCUGUGUCAAAGGAGUAAUCACACUCCACCUUCCAAGCCAGCCCUGCACCCCAGAGCUCUGCCCAGGGUCAGUGGUCCUUCAAGAGGAAAGCCUGGGGACAGAGGCCCAAGUGGAAAAGGUCAUGGAAAGGAACUCUUCAGACAGGGAGCAGCCCCUAGAGGACAAGGGUGAAGGCCCAGCUGCGGAGGUUCCAACCCGAGUGCCGGAGCAGAACCUCAGACAGCCAUCACCAGGGUCCCAUGACCCAACGCUGCAGCCCAAGCCAGUUGUCGACCACCUCUUACCACAGAACCAGAGCAGGGACCGUUCUAAGCAGUUGGCCCUCAGGGUGCUAUGCCUGGCCCAGCGCCAGUAUUCCCUACUCCAAGCAGCCAACCUCCUGACCCCUGACAUGAUCACAGAGUUUGAGACCCUGCAGCAGCUGGUGCAAGAGGAAAACAUUGAGCCUGGAGGAGAGGCCUCGAGGGAGCCUGGCCCAGCCAGAGGGCCGCCUCUGGCUCAGGAGCUGCGUUCAGAGUCAAAGCCUCUAGGAUACUCUGGCCCCGUGACACGGACCAUGGCGAGACAAAUGAGUGGCCUCAUACAUGCUCUGGGGGUCCCACCUGGGCCUGACCACACCCCAGUCCAGGCAUCCCGGCGACCCGCAGAGAAGAAGAGGGGGAGACAGAGCCCCUCGGAGCCAGACAGCUCCCCAGCCCCGAAGCCUGGGACCAAACGCCAGCGCCAGUCUUUCCUGCCCUUCCUGAGAAGGGGGUCCCUGCCUGAGGCUCGGCCUUUGUUCGGGCCCACCACCCCCCCAGGAGGAAGGGCCUCCUCAUCCAGCCAUUCCACUCACUGCUGCCCAACCACAGUCAUCAAAAGUCGGGUACCCCUGGGCCCUUCCGCUCUGCAGAACUGCUCCACUCCUCUGGCCCUGCCCACACGGGACCUCAAUGCCACCUUUGAUCUCUCCGAGGAGCCCCCCUCAAAGCUGGGUUUCCACGAAUGUGUCAGCUGGGACAGUGUUCCCCAGGCGCUGAGCAGGUGGGACCAGCCCGUCAUCCCCAGUGGACCCAUGCCUCUGUUCACAAUGAAGGGCCCCAAGCCAGCAUCCUCCUUCCCUGGGCCCUCAGCCCGCAAGAAGAAGCGUGUUGUCAGUUCCUCAGUCUCCCGGUCACUGGGAGUCACCCGGGGCCGCAGCCGCAUCGCCCGCCUCCCCAGCAGCACCUUGAAGAGGCCAGCUGGGCCCCUGGCAAUUCCAGAGCUCCCCUCCAGUCCCCACUGCCCUGGAAACUAGAGGAGCCAGAAGGAACUGAUGGGAGUCAGGGGAGUACUGUCAGCUGGGAGUUGCUCCACCAAGUUUCCUGAAGCCACCUGCACCAGGAGCCCUGACCCACCGUCUUCAACUCGGAGCAGCUAAUGCCAACACCCUCUUCCUUUAUUAAUACUCUUCCCCCCGCCGCUCAUUCUGCUACUUACCCUCUUUAUCAAUCUCUUGUUACACUCAGCUUCUUAGCCUGUAUAUAUUCAUUUGUGUGUUAGUGUGUUGCUAUUUUAAAAGGUGCUGCCAUCCUUCCUCUCUAGUUUAUUACCCUCUCUGUGCAGGAAAGUGGCUUUGGAGGGCCUUUAUUCCCCAUCCCCAUCUAACACAGGGCUCUGUGCAGUGAUGGCCACUGUGCAGUAGAGGUGGGAUGAGCAUGGGAUGGGGGUGUGGGGGAGUCCCAGCUUGGCUCUUCCUAGUUUGAGAGAGAGCAAGAGAGAGAUGGAGGGAGAGAGGAAGAGAGAGAGACAGGCAUCUUCAGCCCCAUCCCCCCAGCCUGGAGCAAGAGCCCCAGCCCCAUGCCACAGUCCUGGUGAUGAUGCAGAUGGUGGUGCUUUGAUUUCCACGUGAAGAUAAGCUUAUUUUUACCCUUUUGUAAACAGGAUACACACUCAGUGUAAAAAGACAUGUAAAGAAGAAAGGGAAAUUCAGCCUUAAUGCUGGUGGUCCUAGACAUAAGAAGUGUUAAUACUUGGGUUUAUAUCCUCUGAUCCUUUAUUUCUGCAUAUAUACAUUUAUAUAUAUAUAUAUACACAUACACACAUAUGUAGAUAUAGAUAUAUUUUUUUAUUAUAAUGAUUAAUAAACCAUCUCCAUCC